CAUAGCCUUGCUACUCCACAGUCAUCGCGCUAUCGGACGAGCAGCUCGAUCCCGUCACAUCCCCUCACAUCUGUCCAACUUUCCACCGCCAGAAUGUCGGAAACGGAACAAAAACCCCAAACGGAGGAGCAACCUCAGGAGGGGGACGCACCGGCUGAGGCCACCGAGGACCAGCCGGCUAAGGAGGAGCAGACGGAAGGGACAGGGGAGGUUGGUGCGGACGGAGAAGCAGCGAAAGAAGAGGGUGGGGCCGAACAAGCAGCGAGUGCAGAGAAAGAGGAAUCUAAACCCGCUGUAGCAGCGCAGGAGGCCUCCCCGCCGAGUCUAGAGGCUCCACAAGAAAACCCCUUCUCAGAGGAUGAUUUGGAACAGAUCUUGCAACUGGAGGCUAGUGAAGGGGAGGACAAGGGCUGGGAGAAAUCCAAGAAGAUCAAGGGGGUAACGGUCUUCAAGAAACCUGAGAAAAAUGGCGUGCCACUGAUCAAGGCAUAUAUGGAAUUCAGCGGUAUUCCUUGCGAUAAAGUUCUUGAGUUUUUCACGGAUGCCGAAUUAAGGAAGAAAUGGAGCCGGAAGACACCAAACUAUGAAAUCUUAGAGGAGAGGGACGACUUUAAGAUUGUCUACACCGUGAUCAAAAUGCCGAUGGCCUGUGACGACCGAGAUAUCGUGCAGUGUAUGCAGGUCCGCUCGGACGAGGAACAGAAGCGCCACGUGAUCUUAUACAAGAGCUGCAAUCAUCCUAACAAGCCACCAGGCAAAGGCCCUAUCAGAGCCGAUGUUGGGAUCAUGGGAUUGGUUAUUCGGCCAAAAGAUGGCGAUGAAACGUCAACGAAAGUCACGUGGCUUAGCCAGAUUGGUCUUAAGGGCUGGGCCUUGAAGAUGAUUGUCAGCAGAGUCACAGUGGGAUAUCCGGUCUCGCUUUGUGACGACUUGCAACAGUACUGGAAGAAGACUACAGCUCCGAAGGAACCAGAGAAGAAGGAAGAGAAUGAAACGCCAAAGGAGGAGAAGACAGACGAAAACGCCGAGCCGAAGCAAGAGGAAGGUAAAACGGAAGAAGCCGCAGGAGAUGCACCAGUUGAAAACAACGUUGCUGCACCAGUCACGGCAGAUGAUGAAGACAUCCCUGCCGCCGACGAAGAAGAGAAGGGAGAAGAGAAGGCAGGAGAAGAGGCGUAGACUGUUAGAUAGUAGUGGAGUUCUGAAAAUGUUUACGCAUGACAACCUUUCAAGAAAGGAUUGAUUCUUGGUUACGAGGCUGAGAUUGGAGCCCGGUAUCCCAAUAGCGUAACCGUUGAUAGUGGAGAAUAUAACUGAAAGGUCACAUAAAGAGGUUACAGCAUGAGGUGACAUCCACAGGGCAAAGUUCGUCAAGAUGGAGGGCACAGUGUACUUUUUUUCUGUACAAGUUCAAAUUGGCAGAUAAUAUAUAUGUAUUAAAUAAAGAAAAAUUAAGCAUUACUGUUUCCGCGACUAGUAGUAUCUAAGUGAUAUUGUUGACUGUAUAAAAUAGUACAAAGUAGCUGUUCCGGUAGAAUGUAUUACAAUAACGCAGAAUUUGCAUACUUUUUGCAAGUUAAAAAUUCGAUGUUAUUCCUAAUACAAUGUGGUGGCCUUUAUUUUCAAUGAAAUAAAUAUUACACUGAAAAAAAAGAUAUUGAAACGUCGUUGAACGUGGCUUUACUGUACAAUUCGUAUUAUACAGUGUUGUUAUUCAAUGCAUGUGUAGUUGGUGUUUAAAAAUAUUACUCUCGGAUGUAUAAAAUUAGGCCUACAGUAAAUGUGCCCCUCUAUUUGUGUGAGUGUAUGAAAAGGACAUUUGUUUAAGCUCCAAAUCCUGUACGCUAAUUGAAAACCAGCUUGACUCCUCUUUACGUGUCAUUGUAUAAAAAAUCUAUGACGUAUAGUGUUGUAAAAUAAAAAAAUAAGAUGUCGUGAAAUAUACCAGAAAUAUCAUCUAUUCGUUAUAAAGUAGAAAUUGCUUCAUUCGUGUAGUUUAAUCUCAACGGUCUGUGCCUGUGUUGAAUACUAUUGGGGCCUAUUGGUGAAAGCCGCCUUACAUGGUUUUAUUAAGGGAAGUAUAUAUUAUACCAAGACUUUAAACGCAGAGUAAAAUGUCCAGGGUUUUCCGUUCAAAUGCUGUUUGGCAUAUUUUAGAUUUAUUUUUAAAAAAAAUAAUUUAUUCUGGUUAUUUUGACAAAUCCUCUAGCUGAAUCUGAGUGUUUUCCUUUGGUAGUCAUUCACUCCAACUGGAUGUGUAGAAUUCAAACUGUUUGUGCGUUAAACGUGUUACUUCAUGAAUGCCUUGAUGCAGGUUCUAAUAAGAAAUUUAUGUCUUAGUUUCCGGCCAUUUCGACACAUACGGUACAAAAAGUCAAUACCGUUUCAUCAUGUUAGGUCUGUCGUUAUUUACUAACUGACAAUAGGCCUUUUAGGGGAAAAACAACAGAAAUAGAACCUGGAAGUAGAUUUGUCCGACACAUACUCUACAGUAUUUGGUUUUCUUCUAGCUGUUAUAAUUCGUCUAAAAGGUACUAAAUGUAGUAUUGAAGGUAUUAAAAGAUAACAAGAAAUUACAUUUGAUUACAUGUAUCUGGUUAGUGAGUCCUUCUAGGGAAACAUUAUAUCAUUGGAACAAUACCAGACACCCAUAUGAUGUUUAUGAGGACCUACAACAAAGCUAGUUUACACAACACAUCCGGGGAUUCGCACUGGUCAGUCACUCUAAAUAAUACCCCAUAAUAUAGGUGAGAUAUAGAUGCUAGAAAAUACGAAUAAACGUUUAAAAUUUGUACAAUCUGAAGGGUGCUGCCGAGAAACACGACUGAACAGUGGUUUGUAAUUGAAAUAUUGUAUAUUAUUUGUUCAUUUUUUGCAUGUUUAUCACUCUAUAGAUUUUAUAAAGAAUGUUAAAAUGAACAAAGUAUUCACCAAUAAUAGACCUACUUGUACAAUAUUUGCUAUUUAUUUUAUGGUACAUUUAUCGGUUGAAUUAUACAUGUAUUUGAGACACUCAUUCUUAUAUCAUCCGUGAAGAAAACAGAAUCGAGCAUGUCUCUCCUAAAAAUUAACUUUGAAACCUACGGUAACGACGCAAUUCUGUACAAAGUUAAGAUUUGCAGGAAACUGUCAUUUGACAAACAAUGUAUCAAUGGAUUGUAGCUUUAAUAUUAAAGCCCACUUGUUUUCUAUACCACAAAAAUUAAGGACAUUUUGUAGACAAGACACAGGACAUGAUAAUAGUCGUUUUGCCAUUUUGAAUCGACGUCAGUGAGGUUGAAAUAGUUUAACAUGACGUCACCUGUAGUAAAAUGUACAUGAAGUCUGUUUCACAUGGAGUUAUUACACAAGGCUUGUUUCAACGCGAUUUGUGAAAGUCCAGAUUUCGAAACGAGUCAUCUUUGACAAAUGUAUUGUGUCCAAGGUAAUUCUAGAAAAAUUCAAAAUUAAUUUCAGUUGUUCUUUGGUUACAAAAUUUGUGCAGUAUUUUGCCUGUUAUCUUCAUGCUUCCAUGAUUAUUUCAUGCAUCUUUUGAGUAUAUUUUUAUGCUUUUUCAAUGAUCUCUUUUUACAUACAUUCCUUAGUCAUUACUUUGGAAACAUAGAUUGCUGAUAAAUUUGCAUCACCAUGAGUACAUCCCAAUAUAGUGGACAAUAUAAAAGCACGUGUAUUAAUAAA